CGGAAGCGGUCGUUUCCAAGGCAACCGAAGGAGGAGGGAAACGGUGAUCCGCAACGGAUCUUAUGGGGGAGAUCGAGACCUUUCCCCUUUCGUUUGGCUUUUGGAGCGAGCCGAAGGCAUUGCCAGGAGGGCGGGUGGCAAAGCCGUGAUGGAGACUGUAGAAGAAGAAAACUUUGGCAUAUCCAUUUCCUCCCCUUCAGAUGCAGAAUUUGAUGCUGUUGUUGGAUAUUUGGAAGAUAUUAUAAUGGAUCAGGACUUUCAACUCAUACAAAGAAACUUUAUGGAUAAAUACUACCAAGAGUUUGAUGAUACAGAGGAAAAUAAACUAAUUUACACUCCAAUUUUCAAUGAAUACAUUUGCUUAAUUGAGAAAUAUAUCGAAGAGAAACUCUUGGACAGGAUUCCUGGCUUCAACAUGUCAGCCUUCACCUUGUCUCUGCAGCAGCACAAGGAUGAAAUAGCUGGAGACAUUUUUGACAUGCUUCUUACAUUUACUGACUUCCUGGCAUUUAAAGAAAUGUUCCUGGAUUACAGAGCGGAAAAAGAAGGCCGAGGUCUUGACUUGACCAGUGGCUUCGUGGUGACACCUUUGAGCAAGUCUUCUGUAUCUCCUGCACAGAACAGCCUGCGCCGCUAGCCGUGACCUCCAAGCAUCUGAGCUUGGGACAUUGGGACCACAGCAGGCAGCAGUUAAAAGAAGAACAAUGUACCAGACUGUUGAAUCACCCUCCAGCUCAGCAGGCCCGGUAGCCUCAGCCAGUUGUGUGAAUGGUUGUUUGUUUCUGCAUGAUUGGCAACUAUUAUCACUCCAUCCUGCUUAGAACAAUGGUCUUGUAGCUCUUGGAUCUGCUCCGUAGCAACCAAACUGGAUUUUUACACUGUGCAGAGAUGAUUGGUUGGAUGGUGGCUCGCUUUCAGCAGGUGCUUCUUCGUCAGGGCCCUAGAGGAACGGAAGUAGUGUCUUGAACCUGUUGUGGGUUGAAUGCACGUCCCCGGCAAGUUCUCAGAAAUACACCUGUUCUGGCAAAAGCAUUUUCAACAUGGCUGCUAAUGCCAAAUUUUGACUUUUAACAGAAAGUGUGUGUGGUUGACAUGAAUAUAUAUAUUUAUUUAUAGCAUGAAGCUAUUCCUUGUUUUAUUUUCUAGUAGCCAUAGAUGUGUGUCCCUCCCGUCGGCUGUCCUGUGACUUUGGAACUCAAGACCUCACCUAGUUGUAAACGUAACCAUGUUUUGGAAAUGCAGUGUUAACUUUUCGUCCUUCCUCAGCAGCUUUACACCACCUUUUUGUACUACCUACAGCAGGGGGCUCCCAACUCUGGCGCCCCAGAUGUUCAUGGACUACGAUUCCCAUCAGUCCCUGCCAGCAUGGCCAGUAUAUGUGCUAGCAAAGACUACUUUUCUAUACUGCAGUCACUUAGGGCAAAUCUGUGCUACAGCUUUAAUCUGGUUCAACCACCAGGGAGGUAACUUCUUUUUUCAUAGAAUGACAGUUCCUUGGAUUCUGCAGAGAAGCAUCAUCAUAGUUCAACUCAGCUUAAGUUUGUUGUCUACAUAUCUCUCUGUUGUACAUUGAAACUCACGGCUUCUCUGGAGCUGUUUUGGGAACUGGUGAGUGAAGUGAAGGACCUAAACUCCAGAAGAUUUUGAAUACCUUCUAAAGCUUCCAAGAUUUAUUUAGGAAAAUGAUGGCUGCCAAGCUAGUUUGAGUCAGCUCUGUUGGAAGAAUGAUUGGAUAAAUUACCUGCGAAUUUUUAUCAGCGUUGGACUUUCGGAGAUUAAAAAAAGAAAAGUAAAUCACAUGGAAAAAUGUCCAUUUUGGGGUGAAUCUGUAAAUUUGCAUCUUGGCAGAAUAUUUGGGGAACCUGGCCUGUAUUCCCAUGGAAACAGCCCCUAGUAUUUAUCAGGGCUUUUCUUUCUGCGUCAAUGGCUGACCCAAGUCACCUGAUCAUAUGCACUAGUAGUGUUUGGCUAUUCUUGGCCACACCCAUCUGUGCCUGCUUUCCUCUCUGUGAGUUCACAGAGCACCUGCUAAAGCAGAAAGCCUGACUACUGCCAUUUUGAAUUGUGCCAUGCAGCAGAGUAAGAAAUUAAAAAACCCAAGAUCUUAAGUGGUUCAAAUCUUUCACAUGUGGCUUACCUUUAGAAUAAAGAUUGGCACUGUGUGUGGCAUUACAGUGGUAGCCGGUAUCCCCCACCUCCCCCCAAUAUGUGUACUGAACGGGAGAAGAUUUCUUUUUCAAAAGGUAUCAUGACGAGCGAGGCCAUAACUAUAAACAGAGCUGCGUAGAUUUAUAUUUGGAGCCUUAAAUCUUCGGUAAUCGCUGGGGCACCACUUUAGUCCCAGACACCUUGUGUUCUGAAUCUUUUGUGCAGAUGCAAUCCAAAACGGCAUCUGUCUGGCAAUUGCUUGCUUGUAAUAAAUCUUGGACCACUGGAGUUUAAAAUCAUAAUGAAGAUUCUGCCUGUGUUGUAGCAUUUCCGUAGUUGCAUUCAGUGAAGUUUUCAGGCUGAUCUGAAAUGAAGCAAACCACACAUGACAAGAGAGACCAAUUGCCAUGUUCGCCCGUUGUUCAUUCAUGCAAGCUAAUGUGUAUAAAUUAGGUAUCCCCUCCACUGAAGGUGCUGGUGUAUCAACAUACAUCAUUACUGAUGUUACAGUAAGCAAGUUAUUUGCUUUGAAAGAAUGCUAGCGACCUGUGAUGUCAUCUAACGACAGUAUUGAUGAGAGCAGCCAACAUCCAAUCCAGGUGCUGAUCAAAACAUAGAUGCUAAGGAUCCUGACCUUCCCUUCUAUUUUCUCUGUUGGCACAAGUGCCAGUUUACCUUUAAAAGUGUUGUAUUCGUUACCCACUUGGCAGUAAUGCUUUGAGGUAACCGAGAAAAGGACUUGUCCUCUUUUUAACCAUUCCUUCCCCCUAACAAAAAUCUUGAGUGCAUUGGAUUAAUUUUGGUACUGUCUGAAAGCCUCAGCUGUCCUUGGAGGGAACCUGGAAGAAACAGAGUAUACAAUUGCUACGGAUACGCUGGCCAUCAGGAAUCUUGAUGCAGGUUCUGGUGUGGCUUCUAUGGAUCAUGUUCCGAGUGCGCAGUCUAUUGAAGUUAGCUUUGCAUCAAGCAAAGAGCUUUGCUCUUAGCUGAGGAAACCAGCUAGAGAUACAAAAUUGUGUAUUUGUUUGCGUUGGAUUAAACAACUUAUUUCAAGUUCAA